CCGCGCCCCGCCUCCCUCCCUCGAGGCUCACUCGCGCCCAGCGCGCUGGCUCCUAGCGGCCGCCGGGCCGAGCCGCCCAGCCCCUGCCGGCCGCGCCGGGACCGGACAGUCGGUGUCUUUGGAGUGAAAAAACAGGAUGCCCCCUGGGGUUGACUGCCCCAUGGAAUUCUGGACCAAGGAGGAGAAUCAGAGUGUGGCAGUUGACUUCCUGCUGCCCACGGGAGUCUAUCUGAACUUCCCUGUGUCCCGGAAUGCCAACCUCAGCACCAUCAAGAAGGUGUUGUGGCACCGCGCCCAGUAUGAGCCACUCUUCCACAUGCUCAGCGACCCUGAGGCCUACGUGUUCACCUGCGUCAACCAGACCGCGGAGCAGCAGGAGCUGGAGGACGAGCAGCGGCGACUGUGUGACAUCCAGCCCUUCCUGCCGGUGCUGCGCCUGGUGGCCCGAGAGGGUGACAGGGUGAAGAAGCUUGUCAACUCACAGAUCAGCCUCCUCAUCGGCAAAGGCCUCCACGAGUUCGACUCCUUGCGGGACCCCGAGGUGAAUGACUUUCGCACCAAGAUGCGCCAGUUCUGCGAGGAGGCGGCCGCCCGCCGGCAGCAGCUGGGCUGGGAGGCCUGGCUGCAGUACAGCUUCCCCCUGCAGCUGGAGCCCUCGGCCCGGAGCUGGGGGGCCGGCCCCCUGCGGGUCCCCAACCGGGCCCUCCUCGUCAACGUCAAGUUUGAGGGCAGCGAGGAGAGCUUCACCUUCCAGGUGUCCAGCAAGGAUGUGCCCCUGGCACUGAUGGCCUGUGCCCUCCGGAAGAAGGCCACGGUGUUCCGGCAGCCGCUGCUGGAGCGGCCUGAGGACUACACCCUGCAGGUGAACGGGAAGCACGAGUACCUGUACGGCAGCUACCCCCUCUGCCAGUUCCAGUACAUCUGCAGCUGCUUGCACAGCGGGCUGACCCCCCACCUGACCAUGGUGCACUCUUCUGCCAUCCUCGCCAUGCGGGACGAGCAGAGCGACCCUGCCCCCCAAGUCCAGAAACCACGCACCAAACCGCCCCCCAUUCCCAUGAAGAAGCCUUCUUCCUUGUCCCUGUGGUCCCUGGAGCAGCCUUUCUGCGUGGAGCUGAUCCAGGGUAGCAAAGUGAAUGCGGAUGAGCGGAUGAAGCUGGUGGUGCAGGCCGGGCUCUUCCAUGGCAACGAGACGCUGUGCAAGACGGUGUCCAGCUCAGAGGUGAGCGUGUGCUCAGAGCCCGUGUGGAAGCAGCGGCUAGAGUUUGACAUCAACGUCUGCGACCUGCCUCGCAUGGCUCGUCUCUGCUUUGCACUUUACGCCGUGAUCGAGAAGGCCAAGAAGGCUCGGUCCACCAAGAAGAAGUCCAAGAAGGCGGACUGCCCCAUCGCCUGGGCCAACCUCAUGCUGUUUGACUACAAGGACCAGCUCAAGACCGGUGAAUGCUGCCUGUACAUGUGGCCGUCCGCACCAGACGAGAAGGGGGAGCUGCUGAACCCCGCGGGAACAGUGCGGAGUAACCCCAACACGGAGAGCGCUGCUGCCCUAGUCAUCUGCCUCCCUGAGGUGUCCCCCUACCCUGUGUACUACCCAGCCCUGGACAAGAUUCUGGAGCUGGGGCGGCACGGGGAGCCCGGGCGCUUCAGCGAGGAGGAGCUGCAGCUGCGGGAAAUCCUGGAGCGGCGGGGGUCCGGGGAGCUGUAUGAGCACGAGAAAGACCUGGUGUGGAAGAUGCGGCACGAGGUCCAGGAGCGCUUCCCGGAGGCGCUGGCCCGCCUGCUGCUGGUCACCAAGUGGAACAAGCACGAGGAUGUGGCCCAGAUGCUCUACCUGCUGUGCUCCUGGCCGGACCUGCCCGUCCUGAGCGCCCUGGAGCUGCUGGACUUCAGCUUCCCCGACCGCCACGUGGGCUCCUUCGCCAUCAAGUCUCUGCGGAAACUGACGGACGACGAGCUUUUCCAGUACCUGCUGCAGCUGGUGCAGGUCCUCAAGUACGAGUCCUACCUGGACUGCGAGCUGACCAAGUUCCUGCUGGACCGGGCCCUGUCCAACCGCAAGAUCGGCCACUUCCUUUUCUGGCACCUCCGCUCCGAGAUGCACGUGCCCUCCGUGGCGCUGCGCUUCGGCCUCAUCAUGGAAGCCUACUGCAGGGGCAGCACCCACCACAUGAAGGUGCUGAUGAGGCAGGGCGAGGCGCUGAGCAAGCUGAAGGCCCUGAACGACUUUGUCAAGGUGAGCUCCCAGAAGACCACCCGGCCCCAGACCAAGGAGCUGAUGCACCUGUGCAUGCGCCAGGAGACCUACCUGGAGGCCCUCUCCAACCUGCAGUCCCCGUUGGACCCCAGCACCCUGCUGGCCGAAGUCUGCGUGGAACAGUGCACCUUCAUGGACUCCAAGAUGAAGCCCCUGUGGGUCAUGUACAGCAACGAGGAGGCGGGCAGCGACAGCAGUGUGGGCAUCAUCUUUAAGAACGGGGACGACCUCCGCCAGGACAUGCUGACUCUGCAGAUGAUCCAGCUCAUGGACGUUCUGUGGAAGCAGGAGGGAUUGGACCUGAGGAUGACGCCCUACGGCUGCCUCUCCACGGGGGACCGCACAGGCCUCAUCGAGGUGGUGCUUCACUCAGACACCAUCGCCAACAUCCAGCUGAACAAAAGCAACAUGGCCGCCACGGCUGCCUUCAACAAGGAUGCCCUGCUCAACUGGCUCAAGUCCAAGAACCCUGGGGAAGCCUUGGAUCGAGCCAUUGAGGAGUUUACCCUCUCCUGCGCCGGUUACUGUGUGGCCACUUACGUGUUGGGCAUCGGUGAUCGGCACAGUGACAACAUCAUGAUCCGCGAGAAUGGGCAGCUGUUCCACAUUGAUUUUGGCCACUUUCUGGGGAAUUUCAAGACCAAGUUUGGAAUCAACCGUGAGCGCGUCCCAUUCAUCCUCACGUACGACUUUGUGCACGUGAUCCAGCAGGGGAAAACGAAUAACAGUGAGAAAUUUGAAAGGUUCCGUGGCUACUGUGAGCGAGCCUAUACCAUCCUGCGGCGCCACGGGCCUCUGUUCCUUCACCUCUUCGCCCUGAUGCGGGCCGCCGGCCUGCCUGAGCUCAGCUGCUCCAAAGACAUCCAGUAUCUCAAGGACUCUCUGGCCUUGGGAAAGACAGAGGAGGAGGCUCUAAAGCACUUCCGAGUGAAGUUUAACGAAGCCCUCCGGGAGAGCUGGAAGACCAAAGUGAACUGGCUGGCCCACAACGUGUCCAAAGACAAUAGGCAGUAGUAGCAAGCUUCUGGAGGCCCCUGGGCCUGGAGGGAGCAGACCGCCGGCCUGGGGAACCAGGCACCCUCAGCCGUCCUCUGGGGCCCCGAGAGCCUGACCCGCACCCCACGGGAAGGAACCUACAUGAUUGCCUUUUGUUUACACUGGUUAUUUAUUUAUGACUUGAAACGUUUCAGGAACUCGACAGCCAUACACGGAAAUGCAUCCUUCGUGCAGGGGAGGGGCGUCCUCAGCCAGAGCCCCCGGGCUUUGGUGAGAAGACAGAGUCGGGCACCUCAGAGGCCGCACCUCACUAAGGACUGUAACCCCGAGUCUUCCAGCUGGUGAAUCGGGACCCGGCAGAGACUGCUCUCCCCUCCGGGAAGCCUGCCUUCCUCCCAGGCUCCCGCCGGGCUGCCCGGGGCUUGGCCCCUGGCAGUUACCUGGUGCCCACUUCUCCGUUCACCCCCUCCACCUUCGUGCUCUCCACGGGCUGAGCGCGGGGCAGCUCCCAGAGGAAGUCUGGGUACCCUCUAGAAUCAGGGAUGCUUGCUUUCCACUUUUAAAGUGACUCUUGGGUACGGGAAAUCCUCUCCUCUGCUGUAAAGCGGUUUUGUUUGCGGGUAAGGAAAAAAAAAACAAAAAACAAAAAAACACCCCAACUACUUACGGACCCUCUGUGGCUCAGAACAGCCUCCGCCCUGAUAAAGUAUAAUAUAUGCUGGUCCUCAAGACAUUAAAAAGAUCUGAGCUUGAUUUAGCUCAACCUGUCAUGGAUCGAGGCAAAAGCAGGUCAGAGUACUUUGCUCUGACCUGCCUCGCAAAGCAGGUUUUAAGGCCGGACCUGAUCUCCAGAACUCUCUGCCUUGGGAACCUGCUUUGAGGAAUCACGUACCAGAAACCUGAGGUCUUUAGUGGAAUCUUUUUCUACUUAGCUCGAAGCAGUUCAGGCUUAGCCUUAGGGGGAUCCGAGGAGCUCUAGAAACACCAGGUUCCCGGGCCUCUCCCCAGCCGUCUGAAGACAUCUCUGGAGAGGGGACUAGAAAUCCGGGCUUCUAGAAGCCCACGGGUGAUCUUUAUGUGUUAGGAGGCCUCGUGAGGCCGGGCAGAGUCAGGCGCAGCUGCCCUGUGGACAGGUAUGGGAGCUUCAAGAAAAAGCCCACCGCCUUCUUUGGUCAGUUAGAAGCCACGCGGUGUGGUCCAUAUGCAGAACACCACCGACCACACUCUCGUUCCCAACUAAGUGUGGAGGUCAUCUGGUCCACCUUGCCAGUCUAGAAAUAGGAACAGCCGAGUGUACGUCUAUAUGUUAUUUAUUGAAACGCGUCUGUGUGCUUCCUGGCAUUCUGGUUCCGGUACACAGCCUAGGUGCUUGGCGAGGAGAGUAUUUUCUAUUUUUGUUUUGUGUGUGUGUGUGUGUGUGUGUGUGUGUUUUAGUCUUUUCAUGUUUCUGUAUGGGGAAGGGGAGUUCAACACAACUGAUGGGGGGUGAAGACCACCGCUCUGUGAAGCCUUCACGUGAGCGGUAACAGCCUACGGAAAGAAAUAAAAGCUUUUUUAUGUUGUGUUCUCAGGUCAAAAAUCAAGCCAGAGAAUGCAGGGUUAGAACAAAACCAGGACGAGACCUGACGCGCGCUCCUCCUGGAGUUAGAACCAGCACUUUAUUGUAGCGGGUACACUUUCUGACCUCAUCAAUAUACACAUCUACAAAGUGACACCACGCGGAGGCCGCAUUAGCAUCUACCAUUGUCUACACAGAGCAGCUACAGCGACAGGACGUGAGGGGCGGCCACACACGACGCAGGACGGCCGCAGUGUCCUUGCAACUAGCAGUUAUAAUCACAGGACAGUAUUCAAAAUUAUUUUCCCCCAGGUUUAGAAAUCUAAAAUUUUACAUGUAAAUUAAAAACAAAGUGCUGUUGGGGUUUGAGCUCAUGACUUGUCCUCUCCUUUUCCAUCCCCCACGCGCCCCAGAAGCAGAGCCCCUCACUCCUGGGGAGCGGAGUUUGCCUCCGGAGCCGUCGGGGGGAAAGCUGGCGCUCGGCCUUCGGGCCAGAGCGCGUCUGUCCUUGGACGUUCUGAGUCCGGACCACUCAGGCCUGUUCUGUCUCCGCACCAAGUGGCCAGACGCUUUGUGCCAUCGGCGUGCACACUCCCCGGCAGGGCAACAGACAUCUAGUAGGCGUGAACCCAAGGCUGCACACGAGGAGUCCAGCUUCCUGUGCAAGGAGCUGCCGGUCCUCAGAGGAGUGUGUGAAAGAGGCCAGGGACCCCAGCUCCCCACCCCUCUGCGGAUCAGAGAUGGGUGGAAUCCCAAAGGAAAGACCUGGCCAUUUCCAGCCUCCGGAGAGGGGUCUCCGAUCCGGUCCCCUGCCGCUGAGCAGUGCCGGGAAGUCCGUGCCCCUUAACUGCCUGGCCGCCCGCCGAGGGUGUGCACUGAGCAGGGCCCAAGUGGGGCAGGCCCGCUCUCCUCCGGGGUGGGGGUGGGGCCGGAGCCCACGGGGUCUCUCCUGUGUUUCAAGCUUCACUUUGCAUGCCAGUCCUGGGUCAUACUAGCACGGAGGACACGAGGAAUCCCAAUUUAUUUACAAAAUAUUAAAAAGUCAGUUCAUCAUCUACAUAUUAACCCCCAUUCUGCCAUUUUAUACAUGCACUAGUUUGGAAAAAAUA